CUCGGGUGAGCCGCCUUGAGGAGUUUUUUUAUUCGCGCAAACGCCUGUCGCUCUGCGUGUACGACAGUCGUGUCGACAGUUCGGCAGUGUGUUAUGUGUCUUUCCCGUUGCCUGGCUGCCAUCGCAUCGUCCGAGCACCACGGGCUGUCCGGCUUUUAAAGAAGAUCGACUGUUAAUCACCAAGGAUUGAGGAUGGCGUCGCUCAGAUAUCUCGCUGCUGGAGCCAGUGCUAUCGGAGCUGGUGCCAUAUCAUCCUAUCUUAUGCUUUCGGACUCGACUGUAUAUGCUGAUAAGGCAGUCGUCAAACCAGUUAAACGACCUCUACCCUCGAGAGAGGAUCAAGUUAAAGCUCUCAAGAGUCAGGAUUAUGAUAUUCUCAUCAUAGGAGGUGGCGCUACCGGCUCAGGAUGCGCUUUGGAUGCUUGCACAAGGGGCCUGAAGACGGCGCUCAUCGAAGGCGACGAUUUUGCAUCGGGCACAUCGUCACGAAGUACAAAACUGAUUCACGGAGGCGUGAGAUAUCUUCAAAAAGCCAUAAUGCAACUCGAUGUUGAGCAAUAUAAAAUGGUGAAAGAAGCACUGCACGAAAGAGCUUCGAUGCUUCACAGUGCUCCUCACCUGGCUCAUCCGCUUCCCAUUAUGCUACCUGUUUACACGUGGUGGCAAAUACCUUAUUACUGGUUUGGUAUUAAGAUGUACGACCUUGUAGCUGGCAGCAAAACCGUCAAGUCGUCGUACUACCUCAGCAAAUCAAACGCACUUGAACUCUUCCCCAUGCUCAAGGGCGACAAACUUACUGGCGCUAUUGUAUAUUACGACGGACAGCAAGACGAUGCCAGAAUGAAUUUGGCAGUAGCAUUAACAGCCUCGCGACUAGGUGCAACGGUGGCAAAUCACGUGACCGUUGUUAAUCUCCUCAAAGGUCUUGACAAAGAUGGAAAACGCGUUCUUACCGGUGCUCAUUUACGCGAUGAGCUUACGGGCGAGGAGUGGGACGUCAAGGCGAAAGCAAUAAUCAACGCUACGGGUCCAUUCACCGACAGCAUUCGCAAAAUGGACGAUCAAAAUGUCCAAGAAAUAUGUUGCCCUUCGUCGGGAGUACACAUCGUUUUACCAGGCUAUUACAGUCCGGAUCAAAUGGGUCUUCUUGAUCCAGCGACCAGCGAUGGUCGUGUAAUCUUCUUUUUACCCUGGCAAAAACAAACGAUCGCCGGUACGACGGACUUGCCGUGUCAGGUGACCCACAAUCCAAGGCCUACCGAGGACGAAAUCAUGUUCAUCCUUCAGGAAGUCAAAAAUUAUCUCAAUCCCGACGUUGAGGUGCGUCGCGGCGAUGUCCUGUCCGCUUGGAGCGGUAUUCGACCACUCGUAUCCGAUCCCAACAAACCGAACACCCAAUCGCUCGCUCGCAAUCACAUCGUUCACGUUAGCCCUACGAAUCUCGUCACCAUUGCUGGUGGCAAAUGGACGACUUAUCGUGCCAUGGCUGAAGAAGCUGUUGAAGCAGCCAUUAAUGCUUGUGGACUCGAGCCUACAUCACUUUGUCAGACCGACGGUAUGCUCUUGGAAGGAGCUCAUGGCUGGAGCCCAACGAUGUACAUUCGUUUGGUACAAGAUUUUGGAUUGGAGUGCGAAGUUGCUCAGCAUCUAGCGAAAAGCUACGGGGAUCGUGCCUUCGCUGUUGCAAAAAUGGCAUCACUCACUGGCAAAAGGUGGCCGAUAAUUGGAAAAAAAGUGCAUCCCGAGUUCCCGUACAUCGAUGCAGAGAUUCGUUACGGAUGCCGUGAAUAUGCGAGAACGGCUAUCGAUAUGAUCGCCCGCCGUUUGAGGCUCGCUUUCCUCAACGUUCAAGCCGCUAACGAGGCUCUUCCUGGUAUAAUCGAUAUCAUGGCCGAAGAGCUUCACUGGUCGGCCGACGAGAAAGCGAAACAGCACAAAAUGGCCAGUGAAUUUUUAGCCAACGAGAUGGGACAGAUGGUGAACCGCGCGUCACGCGACAAAAUUCCGAUCAAUCUUACCAAGGAUGAAAUACAGCUUUACAUCAAGCGUUUCACGAUUAUCGACAAAGAUCGCAAGGGAUACGUUUCGAUCAACGACAUACGACGAGGACUCAAGCUCUUCGGUGACAAGGAUGUUCCGGGUGAGGAACUUCACGAAAUUCUUCGUGAAAUCGACACUAAUAUGAACGGUCAGGUCGAACUGGACGAAUAUCUUCAGAUGAUGUCCGCAAUAAAAUCUGGCCACGUAGCAUAUUCGCGAUUUGCUCGAAUGGCGGAAAUGGAGGAGGCUCAACACGAGAAAGACGUGCUUAAGAAACACAUCAGCGUCGACAGAUCCGGUGGUGGACUUUAAAAAGCACAAAAAAAAUCAUACGAUUUAUGAAAAAAGAAGAGUCCUCGCGAAGCAAGUCAUGAUGACAGAUCGUUCUUCGCAAAUGCAUCCUCGCCCCUUUUAGCUAAUUCACCCCCUCGAUACACGAUCUAUUUGUCAUUGUAGGAACUAAUUAAUUUUUUUUCACGAGCGAAUUUCGUCACUCGUUACAAGCAUAGACGCUUUCCACGUAGCGAAUUGCUUGAAGAAGAAAGCAGCCUCCAAAAUCGACGCGAUUAUCGUCGGAUUUUCGAAGCCACGAAAUGGCAAACGAUAAGACACUCUGGCAGUGUCACCGAAUCUGAUUUCGAUCUUAAUUUAAUUGAUUUUUUUUUUUUAAUCAGCAUCCUGACUUUCGAACGAGUCUGGUACUGCGACUGUCACUUUUAAAAUCAUGCGAAUAAGUCAACGGCGCAAAACCCACCCGCGUUUGCACAGGGAUAAUAUUUGUACGCGUUUUUUCGAAAUACUCGUUUUCUGCGUAUUUUUACCAGCUACACACGAGGUCACACACCGGACGCACGAUUUAACGACGAAUAACAAAACAAAAGAAACAAGACGUUUAUAAAAUCUCAAUCUACGAAUAGACAAUUUGAAUGUGUAAAUAAUCUCAUCGUACGCUGUCUCACCAAACUAUCUCAAUAUUAUUCAUCUCGUCGAUUUUACAAUUUAUUUAUUCAACUAUCAAUCGUGUCGGAUGAAUAAACGAUUUGAAGAGAUAUUCGAAUAUUCAUAUGUAUCAUUCGCGUUAUUACACGCUUGGCCAUCUCAGGAUCUGUUUUAUCGACAGAAACCAUUAUAUUUUUCUGCUCGAACAUUUUUUGACAACUUCUCAUUUCUUUCGGACCAAAAAAGAAUUUAAGAGCAUGCAUCAGUCGGUAUAUCGUAACUGUGAAUGCGAGAGUGAUAGCUGCAAAUUUUGCCACACCCUUCGCCCGAUCGAAAUAAUAAAAAUGUCAGCCCAUUUUUGCCACUGCCCUGCAUGGGCUAACAGAGCCUUUUUUAAUCGGUUAAACUGUGUCGAAGAAUUUCGUUUUUGAAAAUUUCAAGUGUGACUGAUCCAUACUCUUAAGAAAAUAUAUCAAAAUUGUAUCAAUUUUGAUUCGAACUAUUAGACUCGACUCGGUUGAAACGAAUGUAAUGGGGAAAUCUACUCGUUGAGAAGCUGGUAGAAUUUUUCGGCUCAAGGCACAACAACUCUACUCCCCGUUUUUCUGGUCCGGAACGACUCUUCCCUUCAGAAUGACUAUAAUUUUUUUCGUUAACGUUAACAUUCGUAUUUUUCGCCCAACAUAUACUUCCCUUGAAAAAAACAAAUUGUCAAAAUUAAAAAAAUGAGAAUGUUGCGUGUACGAAACUAGCUGCGUGAAUGAUUAAGAUUUCGAUGGAAGUGAACAUUUGUAAACGUUUGACCAGUGCAUUGGAGUGCUUAUUUUUUAAAUAAAAAUACUGUAAUCAGAAAAAGAGCAAGUGCAAAUUUGGGUGUGUUUCGGUAUUUACUGACAGUGCUGUCAGUUACACGGUAGAAUAGGGCCGCAAGAAAUAUUCGAGAGGAGGGUUACAUGGAGUGAAGAAAUGGAGAGUGGAGUUUUUGUACUGCCGAUAUACUUCUCAGUAACAAUUGUACAAAAAUGGAAUUGUCAUUAAAUCAUUUUUUUCCGAA